AUGGAUAUGGACAUACAUUUUGGAGGUAAAAUCAUGGUAUUUGGAGGUGACUUCCGACAAGUUUUGCUUGUGGUACCAAAAUCUACAAGAGCAAAGACGGUAGAUGUAAGUUUGGUGAGGUCGUAUUUAUGGCCUUUAAUGGAAAAGGUACAACUUUCAACUAAUAUGCGAGCAAGAACAGAUCAAAGUUUCAGUGACUACUUGCUUCAUAUUGGAAAUGGAGAAGCAAGAACGAUAAAGGAUAAUUUAAUAGCACUUCCAAAACAAAUGACUCUCCAACAAAGCGGGGAUAUUAACCCUAAAGAAUCAUUGGUUCGAGAAAUAUUUCUGGCACUCGAACAAAAUUACAGGUCUGCAGAGUACAUAACAGAGCGGACAAUCUUAGCAAGUAGAAAUGAAUUUGUAGAUAAACUAAAUGCAGUGAUGAUUGAGAAAUUUCCGGGAGAAACAAAAACAUAUAUCAGUUUUGACUCAGCCAAAGAUGAUACCAACAACUACUAUCAAGAAGAAUAUCUCAACACUUUGACACCAAAUGGACUCCCGCCACAUAGAGGAAUAUCUAUGGCGACAACUAAAGUAUUGGUCAUAAAUGAAGAACCAGAUGGGCACACAGGGACAUACACAAGGAAUAUUGUUUACAAGGAAGUAUUGGGUGAGAUUUGA